GGCGAUUCUUCAACACCGACAACAUCGACGCGCACUCGCCAUGGCAUCCCCAAAGAACCUCCCCCCGGUGUUCAACGCCACUGCCCAGGACAUUGAGAUGCUCCUGUCGGCGCAGGCUCACAUUGGCAGCAAGAACUUGCAGGUGCACAUGGAGCCAUACCUCUGGAAGACUCGUCCAGACGGUAUCAACGUGAUCAACAUUGGCAAGACCUGGGAGAAGAUUGUGCUCGCUGCCCGCAUCGUCGCCGCCAUUGACAACCCAGCCGACAUUGCUGUCAUCUCUGCCCGCCCAUACGGUCAGCGUGCUGUCCUCAAGUUCGCUGCCCACACUGGUGCCUCUCCAAUCGCUGGUCGUUUCACCCCGGGUAACUUCACGAACUACAUCACCCGCUCGUUCAAGGAGCCCCGCUUGAUCAUCGUGACCGACCCACGCACCGAUGCCCAGGCCAUCAAAGAGGCUUCGUACGUCAACAUCCCAGUCAUCGCGCUCUGCGAUACCGACUCACCAACCGAGUACGUCGAUGUUGCCAUUCCAACCAACAACAAGGGUCGUCACGCGAUUGGUCUCGUAUGGUGGAUGCUUGCCCGUGAGGUGCUCCGUCUUCGUGGCACUCUCGCCAGUCGUGAGACUGAGUGGGAUGUCAUGACCGAUCUGUACUUCUAUCGCGACCCAGAAGCGGAGGAGAACAAGGACUCUGCUGGUCAGGAAGAAGGCAAGGUGCCAGGUGUCGACGAGGUUGGCUCCGGCGCAGUGGAGAGCGGGUUCAACAACGAGUGGGAGGUCGGUAAUGCCGGCAGCUCGGCUUUCGCUGCUGCUUCCGGUACUGCUGGUGCUCAAGCUGCUUCCACUUGGGACGCUGAGGGCGCUGACUGGGCCGCUGCAAGCGCCCCAAUCGAGACGGGCAACCAGGGCUGGGCUGCUGAUGGCACUACCGGUGCUGAGUCCUCGGCUCCCGCUGAGACCCAGUGGUAGACAUGUGCUAGAGAUUUGGCCUUCUAUUACCAAAAUGCGAUUCGCCCUCACAGGCUAGGAGAAAGUACUGGCGCUUUACGAGGGAAAGAAGCCUACUGUCGGUGCAGCUUGUUUGCAACGAUGGAGGAGAAUGCCCUGUGCUAGGAAGCCCGAUCGGUCAACGAAAGUUGCCGGGUCUGUAGAGUCAUACAAGAUAUCUUCAGGCGCGUGUACUCUCUCCAUUACCAAGCAGUCGCUGCACUGUACAUGUAUCGUUCCACGUCUUACUGUGAUGAUGUCGUAGCGUGGUUAGUUUUUAUCGCCAGGAGGUCCAUAUACUACCUCAUGGCGGGACUCUCGGCGGGUUGUGCCUGAAAAUGAUCUGCGUUCCGCAUUGGCGAUCCACUGUGAUCCCU